GCGCUGGUUCGCCGGUGUUGAUGGGUCGGCCAGUCGGGAGGAACAGAAGUUUGUUAUGUGCUGUGUUUUUACGCAGGCGCAGAUCACGCUGUUUGUCCAGUUCUCGCUGGUUGACUUUUACCUGUGAGGUAGACUAGUUUCGCUUCGCCGGUGGGAAUAAUCAGCAGCGACCGCCGCCGGGUCAAGUCCGGUCCAGAGGUGGUGAGACUUCCCUCCUCCCCCCCCCUCUCGGCCCCUUGUGACUCAGGGGUCCCCACUGCGGAGCGUCGGACGGGAUUUCUCCGGGAUUUUAGAGUCGGUGCGCAACAGCGAGCGAAGCAGGAGGCAGGUGCACGGGAGAGGACAGGACAGGAGGAGGAAGAGGAGGAGGGCUGCUUGUAUUUCCGCGACUCCUGCCGUUCACAUAGGGCUGGAUGAUUGGAAAUCAACUGGUUGGCUGCUCGGUGGUCGAUCUGUGGUAGUUUCAUUAGUAUGCGGCUGGAGUCCCCCCCUGCUGCCGACAUCCAGCCCGAGGACUGAUCGGCAGCCCUGAAGUCUCCUCCGUGCCUGCUGAGUGACUCCUCGCCCCGGGGAGGAGGAGGAGGUGGAGGUGGUGAAGGAGGCAGCAGUGACAGGACCCCGGCUGCAGUGACUGUUGUGCGGAGCAGUUUUCACGGACGCGGCGCGGACCUCCUCUCAUCGUGGAUCAAGAAGAUGAUGGGCUUUCUGCGCCGGACGUUCAGCCGCCGCUCCCUGAGCCGCUUCCAGCAGAGGGAGAGGGAUGAGCGGGACAGUAAAGGAGGAGGAGGGGGAGCAGGAGGGGUAUCCGGGAACCCCCUGCUCCUGGCCCACCAGCAGCAGGUCGUCCACGCUCCCGCCGUGGUCACCGGGGGAUCGUCGGUUCACAUCCCGGCCGCUGGGACGGCGAGGACCACCAUCACCUGUCGGGUCCUGCUGUUGGACGGCUCGGAUGUCAAUGUGGAAUUGGCCAGCAAGUCCAAAGGCCAGGACCUUUUCGACCAGAUCAUGUAUCACAUAGAUUUGGUUGAGACAGACUACUUUGGAUUGCAGUUCAUGGACACGGAUCAAGUUUCACACUGGUUGGAUAUGUCCAAGCUUAUAAAGAAGCAGAUCCGAGACGGUCCGCCGUACAAGCUGUUCUUCAGGGUGAAGUUUUACUCUUCAGAGCCAAACAACCUGCGUGAGGAAUUUACAAGGUAUCUGUUUGUGUUGCAGCUUCGACAAGACAUUCUGUCUGACAAGUUGAAAUGUCCGUAUGAAGUGGCUAUAGAGCUUGCGGCAUUUUGUUUACAAAGCGAGCUGGGAGACUGCGACCCCUUGGAGCACUCUCCCGAACUGGUGUCGGAGUUUCGUUUCACUCCCAGACAGAGCGCGACGAUGGAGGCAGACAUCUUCAACCAGUGGCUGACUCUUAGGGGAAAAAGCCCUUCUCAAGCAGAGAUUUCUUUUCUCAACAAAUGCAAGUGGCUGGAACUUUACGGAGUAGAUAUGCACUUUGUCAAGGGCAAAGAUGGAGGAGAAUAUGCACUGGGUCUCACUCCAACUGGCAUCUUGGUUUAUGAGGGCGUCAGCAAAAUCGGGCUUUUCUUUUGGCCCAAAAUCACUCGGCUGGACUUCAAAAGGAGUCGACUCACGUUGGUGGUGGUGGAGGACGACGAUCAGGGUCGGGAGCAGGAGCACACCUUCGUGUUCGAGCUGGCCAGCGCCAGGAGCUGCAAACACCUGUGGAAGUGUGCCGUGGAAAGUCACGCUUUCUUUCGCCUGCGCCAGCCAACGGCGGGCAGGGCCGGCCACAGUGACUUCACGCGACUCGGGUCCCGCUUCAGAUUCAGUGGGAAAACAGAGUACCAGGCCACUCACGGAGGCAGACUGAGGAGGGCCAGCACAUUCGAGAGAAGGCCGAGCAGACGCUACCCGUCCCGCACACAGUCGCUGGGCAAAAUUGCGAUUUCUCCAGCCAAGCCUCCACACAUCAGCUCUCACGCCAGCCCCAAUCCAAGUCUGCAUCAGUACCAACACAACAUUCCCAUUGGUCACGAGCCCUGGCAUCCACCCCACCCCACGCUCACUUCCUCAGUUUACCUGCAGCCCUCCAGUCAUACAUCACCUCACAGUUUCCCGCUGAGUGGGCUCGCUUCAGAUCAUCAGUUUAGCGUCGAGGAGAACGAGAACUCGUAUUCUGGCAAGAUCCACCACCGCCACCGUCGGCACACACACAGCCAGGACACGCUCUGCCACACACACACCAAGAACAAACGUCAAGCGCCCCCCUUCCCUGCAGAUGAGUUUGACAUCUCUCAGUCGCUGCUCAAGGCUUUGGAGUCUGAAAGCGAUUCUCCUCCCUGGCCUUCGCUGCACAUCAACAUCGACAACAAGGGAGAGGAGAAGCAGCUGUCUGAAAAGUCUCUGCACCCUCCUGCUUCCCCAGCCAUGCUCCCCGACCACCUCAAAUGUAACAUCCUCAAGGCCCAGAUGGAGGCAGCCUUCAGAAAAGAAGCCCCAACAACACCCAGAGGGAAGAGCUCAACUGAGACCCUGAAUGAGAGGUAUCAGAGCUCCUCCCAAGACUCGGCGGCAUCCAGUCUGACAGCAGAAAAGACACCCCACAGGCAAGAUCACAACCUGACGCCAGAGAGGCUCCAGCCCAAAGCCAACCCGAGCACCAACCGCAGAAAACGGCUGGUCCGGCAGUUCAGCUUUAACCACGAAGAUGAAGAUAAUCUCCCUGAAGCACUCGCAGCCAUCUCCUCCCAAAGUACAGCAAAGUCGGGCUCUAGCAGCUCAUUGGACAGACAGAUACAGCCGUCAAUCUACCCACAGGGGGAUAAUAUGCCAGCACUGGAGCUGGGUAGUCCAUGCUGUCCCUCUCCUUCGCCCUCCCCUCAUCUCUCCCCUUCUUACUACCGUAGCUCCAUUCCUCACCUGGUUCCUUACCUUGCUGCCCAUAACGACAGCGGAGAAGAAAUUAGGGUGGACAGAGAGAAGAUCCUGAGAGCGCUCCUGAUGACAGAGCUCUGAGACCUCGACCCUUCAGACGGAAGCUAAGAAGUCCCAAAGUCACUGGUGUCAGUCAGCAUUUGUAUACUUGCAUUGCACAUUUAGCAGUUAUAAAUCUAUAUUUGCAUAAAGGCGGUUGUUAUAUUUGCUUAACUGUUAUUUUAGAAAGAAGGCUCUUUGUAAUAACUGAACUGAACCUGUACAAAAAAGUGAAAUGGAAACAAGUGGAUUCACUCACAUGCAUUACAGACGAGCUACAGACUGUAUUCCUGGUGCUGCCUGCAUGAUUAAUGUUUCCCUAAACGAUUAUCGGAUUUUGCUUUGGACUUCUGUUUAUGUGUGAGUUCAUCCUCAUUGUCUUCAUCGCCGUGUCCGUGCUGAUGCCUAAACUGUGUUUCAGACAGCGACUGUUGAAGCUUUGAUCUCCAUGUAAAAAGCACCCCUGAAAUGAAAGUCACUCACUUUCAAAUCAGUUUGUUCAAAAUGUAAAUACUCAUUGAUAUCCUGAGAACAGAGCAGGCGUUGUAAAUGCUUACCUCAGUACUGUAAUUCCUAUAUCAGAUAUCCAUUUUUUUACACGCAAAAAAACAUCAGCAGCGUCUGUGGUUUUAAAGAAAAUCCUGAACAGUGUGAGUUGAAAGUGAAAACUGAAGAUAUCGACACCUCAGUCUCCGUGUGCCCACCAGGAGGUGCCAAAGCUCCUGUGGCAGCAGCCUUGAUCUUGUGUUACAGGUGUUCAUGAAAAACCUCUCUUGCGUCCCUUUGCUGUGUUUUUAACAUGCAGCUCAAAACCAAAUCUGGCCUCAGAGGUCAGACCCUUGGAAAUAUUUAAUUACUGCGCAAAAAACAAAAACUUCACUUCAGCCCUUCUUUGUCACAAUCCGAGGCGGCACAUGAUCUGCACCUGUACUGUAUGUUGCUGAUUGAGUUGUCCUACCUUGGACUGGAUCUCAAUAAAGGCCACAUCAUCGGUUUGACAACUCUGCAGCAGCAUCUUUGUUUCUUUUCUUCCUUCCUGACAUGGGAAUGUGGCUCGGCCUCGCCCUGCCUGCCGGUUUGUUAGGUAUGUGCCUCUCACCCUCCCUGCGACGGAACAAAAGAUGUGUGCUGUGCGGGACUUUAGAGAGGUAUCUGCCAGUGCGGUGAGUCAGCCUGUUAAUUGUACCUCUGUUUUGUGUUAGAUAAUUCAUCUUCAAGGCGAGAUGCAGCACAGCAGAAAGAGGGAGGGAGAGAAGAACUGCUUCGAAGUGAAUCUGCUGUAAAUGAUUCAGUUUUUUAAAAAUGGGGGAAGCCUGCGCAGACUUCGGCAUUUGGCCCUCCCACUGGUUUUGAAACAACUGCAAAAUCGUCCUUCAUAAUUUCUCAGCUCAACCUGCAUUACAAGCUUAAAUUCGUUGUGGAAUUUGUUUUUCUCACAAAGCUGCACAGUAGCAGAGGAGGGGCGAGCAAACACCGCAGUUAUGGUGACCACAACAAAUGGGAUCUUCUGCUUUUCUGGGAAUUGAUAUUUGAGAAAUUAACAGGCACAGGAACAGUUAAAGGAACAGAGGUGUUUCUACCAUUUUUUUAAAUGGGCUCAGUCUUUUAAGAUUGAUUAACAUUUAAGCAUUAAUAAAACAAUGAUUAACGUUUUUUACAUUCUAAAAACUGUGUGCCCUCUUGCACAUCUAUAGAUGAUAAAAUACUCCUACUCCGAUUACAGGGCUUGGUUCCCUCACAAACAAGAAGUUUUACACAUGAACAGGACAAAUCUAACCUUUUAACAGCUGAGCAGCUGAAGGAAGCCAAUCACGUAAGCUAAAGUGACAGCCACGCCUUUAAAAACCAAUAUUAAGUGGAGUUUGAAUGGUCUCCUGUUAACCACAGGGACAAUGUGGUUAAGAAACAAACACCUGAACCUAUAUAAAACACGUAGACGCUUUUGUUCUGUCAUUAAACCCUUUGUUGGACUGCAUCGGGGAAUGAAAGAAGAUGCCUUAGUAAAGACACUAGGCAGCUUGUUACAGUUAACUGUCAUUACAUACAAAAAGCUGUUCACUCUUUAAUUCACUUCAGUUUGUUUCUGUGUUAUUUUUAAUCUUCAUUAACUAUGUUGUACAUGUAUGUGUGUCAGAGGCAAGAUUCUGGAAAGUCAGUGCAGGUUUUACAAUAAAAACAGAACUUUCUAAAAGCAGCUGACUCACAGUGUCGUGGACAUCCACAAUAGAUAUUUGUCUAUCAAAGCCUCAUAAGGCAAGUUUUGAUUCAAAUGUUUACCAAACUAACAAACACUAAAAUAAGGAUAUUUCCUCUAAAUUAGUUUUCGAAGGUCACAAAAUCCUUUCAGUUUUAAUUUUUCAAAAUUCCUAAACUAAAAUGUUUUAUAUGUUUUGUAGUUAACUAUAAUAACCUUGCUGCAGGUCACAUUGCAAAGACAGAAAAUGACAUACAUGAUGUUACAUAAAGACAGGCAAAAAUAGAAAGCCGACUCCUUCACUUAAUGUACUUAAUGUACUUAAAAGAGUGGGUAGACAGUCGAAUACGUUGCCCUCCAUGACUCUAUAUACUAAACCUCCACAGACCUUCUUUACUUCCCUCGUUAGUGAUAUCUUAAUAGACCUGGAGCACUGCAGGUAGACUGUCCUUCAUAUUGCACCAUGCAAAGUGACUGCAUGCUCAUUUUCUGAUACCAAGCUUCUGAAACUCUCUGGGCUGGCCUAUAUACAUUUUUUGCUGAACUUCCAGCCAUUCGUUGUGAAUGUAUGAGCCUUACAUGAAAGUCUAUGGCUUCUCAAAUGAGUUAAAGAACAUGCUGCCUCAGGAGCUUAACUGUAUCAACUGCAACCAGACAAUGUGCAUUGUAGUGGAUUUAGAAUCCAUAUUUUGCCACUGCAUUUCUGUGUGCACCAACUGCAUGUUUUACUCCAGGCUGUAACUCUGCAGACCACUGCAAAUCUCCUCUGUCAGUCAUGCUGCGUCUAAACUAUCAGCGUUUUGAAAAUGUAAAAAAACUCUCCAUCAUAAUAAUAAUAAGUUCUUUUUUUCUUUGUGUCAUUGCUUCAUCAACCUGACUUUUCAACUUCACUGAAAGAAGAUGUCCAGUUGUGUCUCUGCUAUUUGAAAAAAGAUAGCGAUAGCAUCCAGAUCACAUGGACAGUGUUGUGCCAAUAAGUGAUUUCAGGUAUUUGCUGAAAAAAUGAUUGCCUGUGUUUAAACUGGCCUAUAAUCUAUAAAACAUAUGUCAAACAUACCUCAUAAAUGAUAUUAAGUGUUACCUUCUAGACCUGCCCCUGCACAGGUAGUUUAUACCUAUUAUACACUUUUAAAUAAACACUUUUAUUAACACUAGCUCCGUGAAAAUGGCUCCAAAAACAUUUCAUACUGAGUGACAUGGGUUUCUUUGGGUUUUGGGGACUUCAUCCACAUAAGUAAAUGUUGCAAGGACAGGAUAUAAGUGUGGAACAUGAAAAAGAUUAAAGAUCAUCUCCUGCUAAAUGUUAAAUAACUAAAAUAAUCCUCUUGUUAUUAAAAAAAAAAACAACUUCCCUUUUCCUGAUAGUUGUCUGUCCCUGACAAACCCUGGAUUAUUUUCUUAAUAAAAGAUUUGAUUUAAUCUACUCUGAUUCUUUAAAUCUAAGAUGUGCUCAAUAAAUUAAAAAUUCCCUAAAUGAGCUGCACUUAUCUGCACUUUUUUCAUACCAGUGUAACUUCACUGGAUUUCUCCACAACAUCUUACAGACAAUACAUUUAUUUUCCAGACGUCAAAAAGGUGAGAAAAACUUUGUCACAUGGAUAAAAAUAAAUAAAUUCUUCCUGCUGGUUUGGACAGUGUGUGUGUGUGUGUGUGUUUUGUGAGUGGGAGACUAAGUGUUUUUAAAAGAGAUUAUUUGGGUGGGGUGCAGAAGAGUGUAUUACACAAUGUAACUCUGCCCUGAGGGGGUCUGACAUGGUUUUGUCUGCUUUCCUUCUCUCUUCCCACUUCCUGAUCUAUUUUCUGCUCUUUUCCACGCAGUAAAAAGAGAGGCCAUCCUCUCACAUAAUGUGUUCAGUGUGUCUAGAUGACAAUAGCUUCUUUGCUAUAGCAUGUGUAUGCGGGCACCGCAGAGGUAAUCGCUGAGGACAGUGAGAGGGAGUUCCCACAGUUUCGCCCUGAGCCACGUUGUGUCACAAGACAAGCU